UUUCAAUACUUCCUGCAUCUUCAGCUUUGAGCACCAUUGCUUUUGCCGGCCUGUUCUUGGAUACAAUAAUGCCCGGAUUGCAGCUUUGCGUUUACUAUUUGCUAUGAACAGUUGCUAUGAACAGCUGCUAUUGAACUUCAGGAGGAGACAAUCAUGGAUACAGAAGUAAUUGAAGGGGACCCAUCUCUGUACAGCUUCACACCUGUGCGUCGCCGAGAAUCUACGAUCAAUACAAGGCAAUUCCAGGGCGACCAGGCACAGGAAUGGACUGCGGCACGAUGCCACCGCUUGCUCAGAGCAUUGACAUCUCGGGUCGCUAUUCUAAACAAAGAGCUUGGGCGAUUCUCGUCAGUAAUCCAAAAUGAGAAAGAUCAAGUUCGAGAGAAUUCGAGAGCGGCUAAGAGGACUAAAACAACACGAGCCGGUGCGGAUUGGGUGCAAGCAAGGAAGCGAAUUCGGCAGACUUAUUCGAAAAAGAGCUCAAGAACUGAAAAUGACCCACGAGGAACCGCGCGGCAAGCUCGAGGGCUCCCAUCAAUGAAGGGAAGAAAAUCCCUGGUUCCCGGAGAGAUAGCCGUCCCGACACCAAUACUUGCAAGGGCCAGAGGUGAGCCUCUGGCAGAAGAGGCCUCGCUGAAGGUGCCAGACGCAAGGGUCCUCGAGGAACCUGCUAGGAGGAACAAACGUUCAAGGACACGGUAUUUGGCCAACGAUGGGGAAUCACAUUUUCACCUGUCCGAGUCAUUGCUGGAAUUGCCGAGGAGAAUCACAGCUAGCCGAUAUGAAGGCAUAUACAGCGGCCUCGAAGCAUUACUCCGCGCGACUACGACAAACGGGCUGCAACCGAAACGAACUGGAGCUCAUUCCUUAUUAUCCAUGUCUCUUCGAGCAAUUCCCCGUUAUAUCACCCAGCAAGAAGCCUUGUUGCAGGCUCACGUGGAGAAAACAGGUAGCAAAUCAGCCAUCGAAAACAGAGAUAUAGCGACGGAGAUAUACGAUGAACUGGAGACUCUUGGAUCUUGUGGCAUUGGUUGGAAGAGACUUAGGACCGUCGUCCGAUCCCAUGGAAUACAGGUGGUUAGCGAUGCUAUUGGAGCUGGACUCCUGGAUGUGGAAUUCUCGGGUGCUUUAAUUGCUCUUUGCGUCAAUACAUCUGCUAUCGACGAAGCCCAAACGCUCCUUUCGACACUUUUAACUUUAGCACCUUUUCCAGGGCCCAAGACACCUUACGAUAUCCCUUGCCGGCCAUUGGUCAUGCUUUGGAGGUUUGCUGAACACACCGGCCGGUAUUCGUUUCAAUACAGACAAUUAUCAGACAUGGUCUCCAACGGUAUUCUACCCGUCGAAUGGCUGGCCACUAAGGAAUUCAGUCCUGUGUGGGCGAGGAUUGUACACUCUCUGGCGCCCAGCUCUGAUAAUAUAGAGCCUAUGAAUUUUCUCGACCUCACCCUAACUAUGCUGUCUGUUGUUGGGACAUCCGCCGUUCCAGAGACUCAUGGCUCAGUCAUCGAAGCUGCAAAAAACACAUUCUCGAGCCUUCUUACAAUACUUUUAUCGGUCGUUCUUCUGAGUCGAGGAGCCGAAACUUCGGACCCAACGAAACAAUCAGGAUGUUCGUACGAGUAUGAGCAUGUGAGCAGUCUCCUCCAGAGCUCUUUAGCUAAACAGAGUCACUCCAAUGCCGCUUUCGAUCGUCCAAGUCCCUUGCUACUACUGGCGAAUUUAUUUGUUCACGGCUUGGAUGGAAUCAUGAUCGACCUGCGCGACUCUCUGUUACGGUGUCUUCUGCCCCAAUUAAUGCAGCAAGACGCCAGUUUAGCGAGGCCAUCGCUGAUGUAUUCGAGUGCGGUCGAUUUUAUCUGCCUUGUUGCACGCUGUUGCGGUCAGGGAACUUCAACUUCGGGAUUUGAACACCUUCAGCAUUUGCACCUCCUCGUCGAAUCUUUCAUUCACGAUAUAGAGGGUGGCAAUAUAUUGAAGGGGUUGAUUGUCGACAGUGCUCUUGCCUUUGCGCAGAAUGUUCCGGACCGCAAACACAUAGACUAUGCCACCGUUAUGGAUGAAAGAUUUUGCGCAAGGAGAUUCGGAGACGAAGACAGUCUUUUGGCCGGGCCAACUACUGAUUGCGAAGAGCCCAAGACUGGGUUCCGAUGGGAAGAAGGCAUUGGAGAAUGGGUAACGGCCACUCCUGCAAUUCCGAUUGUAAGAAGGAGGCUUGCAGAAGCUUCCUCCGAUUCUGAGAGCGAUACGCCCUUGCAACGACCAAAAGUAAGACAGAUGAAGCGUCUAUCGAAAAAGGCAAAUGUGAAUCCUUCGUCGCUGUGUACUGAUAGAUAUGUGGAUUUGAGUGAUGUCUCAGUCGAGGGUGCGAAGGAAGCAUUGGACGAGCUGGGAAGCUGUCAUGAAAGCGAUCGUUCACGCUCGUCUCCUGAGAGUAACGAUGGAUCAGCAGACCAUUCCCAAAGCUUCUCUCUCUUGCUGUCAGAUGAAUCGACUAGCUCAACUUCCGAUGUUGAGGUCUCCUCCAUUGAUACUUCAUAUGUCUCGAACAAUUUGCCGCCAGCAAUUGCACCAGAUGGCCCGAGUUUUGGGAAGUGCCACGAGGUCCUCGAUCGAGUACCGAGGCUCAGUAGGAGGCUGUUUCGCGGCACUCAGGACUGGAAUCUCUUCGAUGAUGAUUCUAGUGAUUCGGCUUCACCCUCGCUGCCACAUGAUAACAGCGAAUCAGAAUUCCAGCGAGAUUACAUUGAUCGAGCCCCAAGAUUAGGGAGAAGAGCGCUCCGAUCCAGCCAGGCAUGGGAAAUAUUCGAUGAAAGCGAUGACGAGCUCAGUUUCCACUCAGUCUCAUCCCAGAGAGAACAGGUUCUACAUGAUAUUACGAACACAACGGUUUCGAGCACUAGGCGCCUGCGCAAAGCAAACCCACCGCCGAAGCAGAGACCGUCGUUCCGGAGUCCAGCAUCUCAUACGGACAGCGAGGACGAAUUGUGUAUUUGAAAUCAGAUGCUGGGGCUCGCUAUGGCGAAAGCGAAACUUCCAUUGUACCGAAGAAUUGUACACCCGUACAUUGAGUUGUUUCGUUUGGAAGUUUUGGGAGCGUGAUGUUCGAUCUAUAUUUUAUGGACCCAUCACACAUGCCCAAAGGAGGGGGGCAGUCAACAAUAGCUGAAGUAAAUGUCCGAUCGACGAUGAAUUUGAUGCAACGAUAUUUGUCUCAACG